AUGUUUACAUUCACUAGUGGUCCUUGCGAACUGAAACAGAAUAUACUACACUCUCUCUCUAUCUCUCUUUCCCUCUUUCUCUCUUUCACUCACUCACUCACUCACUCUUUUAUUUUUCCAUUCUUCGUUGUUUCAAUUUUUACUUUAUCUAUCUAUCUAUCUAUCUAUCUAUUUAUCUAUCUAUCUGUUUUUACUUUUUCUUUUCUUCUUUUAAUUUGCGUCUUUUCCCCCCCUCUCUCUUUUUUCUUCUUUACAAUUUUCUUUUCCGUUUAUUUCUCUCUGUUUAAAGUUUCUUUUUUUAUCGCUUGCUUUAUCUCCCUCUCUCUUUAUCUAUCUAUCUAUCUAUCUAUCUAUCUAUCUAUUGCGAUCCCUCCAGUCGAUUCUCUCUUUUUUACCCUUCUGUUCUUUUCUCUAUAUCGGCAUAUUCUGUCUUUUUCUCCCUCUUUCUCUCUUAUUCUUUUUCAUUUAUUCUCUCGCCCUCUCCCUCUCUCUCUUCCUCUUUCUCUUUCUCUCUCUCUUCUCAUUCUUUUGCUCUACCAUUCUUUUCCCUGUAUCAGUUACUUCUCUCUUUCACGUCCCCUCUCUCUCUUACUUUCUUUUCCAUUUUUCUUUUCUAUUCUUAUCUCAGUUUAUAUCUCUUAUAUCUCUCUUUCUGUUUUAUUUCUCUCUCACACACACACUUUUACUCUCUCUCUUACACCUUUUUUAUUCCGUUUUCGCUUCCGUCUUCUCUUUUUCUUUCUCUCUCUCUCUCUACUACUACUACUACUACCCUUUUUCUUUUCUGCUCUUCUCUCUCUAUUUUUUUCUUUCUCGCUUUCUCAUUAUUUCUCACAUUUAUUCCUCCUCUCUCUCUCGCUUUCAUUCUCUCUCUCUUUUUCUCUCUCUCUCUCUCUCUCUCUCACUGUGUUCCGUUUCUCUGUGAAAAUUUCCUCUCUCUCUCUCUUACUCUUUUUCGCUUCCUUUUCUCUCUCCCCCUCUCUCUCCCCCACUCUCACACACACACUCUCUCUCUCUCUCUCUUUCUGUUCUCUCACCUACUCUUUUUCUUUUCCGUUCUUCUCUCUCUUACUCUCUUUCUCAUUCCUUCUCACUCUUAUUCCUCUCUCUCUCUCUCUCUCUCUCUCUCUCUCUCUCUCUCUCUCUCUCGCUUCCAUUUCUCUGUGGACAUUAUUGCCGGCAUCCUUCUGCACUUACUUAAAUAAAUACCACUAUGAAGGCUGUCCGGAACGUCAAUCCUGCUUAAAUUUUCUUAAGCCCAUCACCUCCAUUCGACGCCAUUUGCUUUCUUUUUCUUUUGUUUCUCUUUUUACAGAUUAA